AUGGAGGAGUGCCCGGCAGUCGCUGUUGAGCAAAAGGACAACACUGCAGAUAAUCAGCUUAACGCGCUGAUCAUACAGAUAGGUCAAUUCGGUAGAUAUCAAAUUAUUAACUAUGUGAUGCUCUGUCUGCCCAUCUUCUUCAUAAGCUCCACAAGCUUCUCAUAUGUUUUUACUUCCGGUAAUGUGCAUCACAGGUGCGAUAUACCUCAAUGUGAUACUGCGAAUAGCAGCUUUAUAGAGCCUUGGCUUAACUUUACCACGCCAGAGUCCUCUGGAACUUGGUCCAGCUGUGAGCAGUAUGCGGCCGUGCCUGGCAAUGAAUUUAACUGCGAUGAGGAGCAGUUCAAUAGCAGCCACAUAGUGCCCUGCGAGGCAGGAUACAAGUUUGUGGAUAAAGAAAACACCAUUGCCACUGAGUUUAAUUUGCAUUGCCAGGAUGAGAGUUUGCUUUCGUUUGCUCGCACUGCAUCCAAUCUGGGAUCGUUGGUGGGUGUGCCCAUAGGUGGCUACAUGUCAGAUCGCUAUGGACGCAAGACCACGCUGGUUGUCGCUGGCGUUUUCAGCGCCUUCGCCGGUCUGGCAGUCUCCCAUGCCAUCGGCUUCUAUAGUUUCAUCAGCCUGCAGUUUUUGACCAUGGUUAUCAGCGCUCCCAUAUACUCCUGCGCAUUUCUGCUGGCUAUUGAGCUGGUGGGACCUAAGCAUCGCCUGCUGGUGUCCACCAUUGUCAACAUGAACAUAGGCCUGGGCAAAGCUACGCUGGGCUACUUGGCCAAAUAUUUGCUGGACUGGCGUGACCUGCUGCGUGCUGUUUACACGCCAGCGCUACUGCAUCUAUUGCUUAUAUGCUACAUACCGGAGAGCGUGCGCUGGCUGCUCAGUCGCUCUAAGGAACUUGAAGUGUUGGAAAUACUGCGAAGAGCUGCCAGAGUGAACCGCCGCGAAGUUACAGAAGCGCAGCUCUCCGAACUGUUGCGUGCUAAUCGUAAGAUGCUUGCAGAGUCUUCAGCUUGUGGUGGUCACUACAGCAUGCGACAGGUGUUUGGAGCCUUGAGACUGCGCAUUCUUAUCUGUUCGUUGUUGUUUAUGGGAUCUCAGUUUAUUAACAUUAGCUUAAUAUUGAACUCUAUGGAAUUGCAGGGCAACAAGUUCUAUAAUUUUAUUUUUCUGGGCUUUAUGCAAUUGCCAGCCGAACUGUUGGCUCCACUCAUAAUGCAUCGCAUUGGACGACGCUGGGGUGUCUGCCUAAGCUUCAGCUUGAGCUCCUUGCUGCUGUUAAUCUUUGUGGCUGUGGACUGGAAUCAUUUCAUAUUAAGCCGCUGUCUCUAUCUGGUGGCCAGUUUGUUUGCCAUAAGCAGCGGCUCAAUCAUUUACUUCUUCACCACAGAAAUAUUCCCCACCAACUGCAGGCAUAGGAUGCUGGCCUUUUUGGGAAUGAUAGCACGCAUUGGCAGCACCUCAGCGCAAUAUAUAACUCUACUGCUGCAUUACUACAAAUACGCACCGCAUUUGCUUUUGGCCGUAAUUGGCCUAAUAUGCGCCGUUUUGCCCGUGUUUUUGCCUGAUACGGCAAACUGUGUGCUGCCCACCACUUUGGAGGAAGCCAAGGCCAUGGAUAAACCCACGCAGAAGCCAACAGAGCAAACCAAAAGUGUCUAACCAGCGACUG